AUGAAUCAAUUACAUAUUGAACAUUUACCAAAUGAAUUAAUUAUUUAUAUAUUUGAAUAUUUUCAUGGUGAAGAACUUUUUCGAAGUUUUUUUAAUUUAAAUAAUCGUUUAAAUAAUUUAAUUAAAUCUAUUAAUACUCUUUCAUUAAUUAUUUCAAAAAAUAAUCAAUAUGAAAUUAAUAAUUUUCAUAUAUUUUCUUCUUAUUUAUAUACAUUAAUUAUUAAUGAUAAUAUUAAUUUAAAUCUUCGUUUAUUUUCAAAUAUACAUCGUCUUAUAUUAAUUCAUCCAAUUAAUAAUUUAUUAGAACAAUUGAAUAGUGAUAUUUUAUAUAAUCUUGAACAUUUAUCUAUAAAAUAUACUAAUUCAACAAAUAGAAUUUCUUAUGACAAUAAAAUUAUUUUUCUGAAUAAUUUUCCUAAUCUAAAAUCUUAUGAUAUUUCUAAUUAUGAAAUAAUUCAACAAAUUGAAGGAUGGCAACAAUCAUUAACAUUAUGUAUAUUAAAACUUGGAUAUAUUGAUUUAUUAACUUUUCAAACAGUUUUAUCAGUAUGUCCAAAUUUAUAUUAUUUUGAUUUAGGUAUUAUUAUUCAUAGUGAAUCAUUGAUAGAAAUAAAAUCACAUAUAAAUUUAAAACAAUUAAUAUUAAGAACUUCAAAUAAUGCUUUAAUGAAAUAUGAAAAUGUAUCUAUAUUUAAGAAUUUAUUUUUAUGUUUAUCUAAUCUUGAAAAAUUAAGUAUUCAUAGAAAAGAUAAUAUAUCAAUAAUUAAAAAAUCAUUUAUUACAUAUGAUUGGUUAUCAUCAAUAAUACAGAUUUAUUUACCAGUACUUAAACAAUUUAAUUAUUAUUUUCAUGUAUUUCAACUUAAUAAUACGAAAAUACAAAUUGGACCUCAUUUAAAUAAUAUUCUUAAGAAAAUAAUAGAAAAUUUUUAUUAUGUUCAUAAUAAUCGAUAUCAUGCUCGACUUAUUAUUGAUUAA